AUGUUUAUACAAUCGUGGGAAGAAUUUGCUAAACAAGCUGAACGACUUUAUCUUAAUGAUCCACUAAAUUGUCGUCUUUGUUUAAAAUAUCGAAAUGAAAUGCUUAUAUUACGUUUAACUGAUAAUCAUACAUGUCUUCAAUAUAAAACCAAAUAUGCUCAAGAUGUGAAAAAAGCUGAAAAAUUUAUGUCAAGUCUUUUACGUCAUAUGGCAUCGAAAGAAGCAUAA